GACGGAGCGCACUCGAGAGCCAGCGCCGGGCAGAGCGCGAGGGAGCGAGAGGCGACCGGAGGAGACCGGAGGAGCGGCGCGCGGGAUCCCAGCGGUCAUCCUCCGGCCGCGUUCGUUCGCUGCUCCGCGCCCCGAGAGACGGACAGAGAGGGAGGAGCGGCGAGGGGGCGGUGGUGCCCGCGUGUGCGAUGGGGGUCCCGUGGCUGGAGCGAGGGCUGCGGCGGCUGCAGGUAUCUCCAUAUUAUUUAAGUUAGAGAAGAAGUGACUCGAGUAGACAUCCUUUGAGAAGCUUUCUAACCAAAGAUAAAAAACAUUUGACUGGAUUAAUACUGAACUGAAUGCAUCUGAACGGAAGGAAAUGUUUUAAGAUUGCUCUCCUGGCAGAAGUUGGACAAAAAUGGGACACUGAGAGUUCUACUUACUCUUGUGGGAAGACUGUAACUGUGUAUUUACUUUGGGGUUUACUGGCCCGUGAAAAAACAAUGUAAUAAUAAAACUAACAGUACAUUUAUGUGACUUUAGUGGUUCCCCUCCCACUGACUGGACAUGAGUGAUCAAAGGUCUUUGCAAGAAGAUAAGCACAAAAUCAGCAGAACUUCUUCAAAGUUCAGGGAGUCUUCAAGAAGCAUGCAAUCUGAUGAUUAUUUUGCUAGAAAACUUAAGGCUUUGAAUGGUAGCAUGGGUCCUCCUGUUCCUUCAAAUGCAUCUAGCAAAUCUGAGAGUAGUCAAUCGAAUGGUACACCAGCUGUGCCUAAAAUGGGUGUUCGAGCAAGGGUAUCUGAAUGGCCCCCUAAAAAGGAUUGCUCUAAAGAGCUGAGUAAAGCUGCUUGGGAAAACAGACCACCAGCUAGUUAUGAAAGCGUUGGAUCAGUACAUCCAAAUGGACAAAAUGACCAAAAUGAAGGGCAGCAAGAAGAGCUGGAACUGGAAUUUGCAGAGGGAAAAUACUCUAUUGGGGAUCUUUUUGUUCAUUCGCCUCAAAGGGGACUUCAUCCCAUAAGGCAGAGAAGCAACAGCGAUGUGACAAUAAGUGAUAUUGAUGCUGAAGAUGUUUUAGACCAGAAUGCUGUCAACCCAAAUACUGGAGCAGCACUUCAUAGAGAAUAUGGCAGUACUUCUUCAAUUGACAGGCAAGGAUUGUCUGGAGAAAAUUUUUUUGCAAUGCUAAGAGGAUACAGAGUGGAAAAUUUUGAACAUAAAGCCCUUGCUCCUUUUGGAUUUCCUGAGUUUUUCCACUGUGAUCCUUCAGUUUCUCCAAGUCUACAUGCUGCUGCACAGAUUUCCAGGGGAGAAUUUGUCAGGAUUUCUGGCUUGGAUUAUAUGGAUAGUGCCCUGCUUAUUGGUCGAGAAAGGGAGAAAUCUUUCAAGAGGAGACUAAAAUCAGAAACGGUAGAAACGUCUCUAUUUAGAAAAUUACGAACAGUUAAAAGUGAACAUGAGACUUUUAAGUUUUCUUCUGAUCUGGAUGAUAGACUCGACAGAAAUGUUCGCUCCUGGAACUGUCAGAAGUGUUUUGCACAUUACGAUGUCCAGAGCAUUUUGUUUAACAUAAAUGAAGCAAUGGCUACCAGAGUAAAUGUGGGAAAAAGGAAAAAUAUAACCACUGGGGCUUCAGCUGCAUCACAAACUCAGAUGCCAGCAGGCCAAACGGGAAACUGUGAAUCGCCUUUGGGAAGCAAAGAAGAUCUCAAUUCAAAAGAGAACUUAGAUGCUGAUGAGGGUGAUGGGAAAAGUAAUGACUUAGUAUUAAGUUGUCCUUACUUCAGGAAUGAAACUGGUGGGGAAGGAGACAGACGGAUUGCACUUUCCAGGGCAAAUUCAGCAUCUUUUUCUUCAGGUGAAAGUUGUUCUUUUGAGUCGUCUCUGAGUUCCCAUUGCACAAAUGCUGGUGUUUCAGUGCUAGAGGUACCAAGAGAAAACCAGUCGAUUCACAGAGAGAAAGUGAAGCGUUACAUCAUAGAACACAUUGAUCUUGGAGCGUAUUAUUACCGCAAAUUCUUCUAUGGAAAAGAACAUCAGAACUACUUUGGAAUAGAUGAAAAUCUUGGACCUGUAGCAGUCAGCAUCCGGAGGGAGAAGGUUGAAGAUGCUAAGGAGAAAGAAGGAUCUCAGUUCAACUAUCGUAUAGUUUUCAGAACAAGUGAGCUUACUACACUUAGAGGAGCAAUUUUAGAAGAUGCUAUACCAUCUACUGCAAGGCAUGGCACAGCAAGAGGUCUGCCUCUCAAAGAAGUACUAGAAUAUGUAAUACCAGAGCUGAGCAUUCAGUGCCUGAGGCAAGCAUCCAACUCACCCAAAGUACCUGAACAGCUACUUAAAUUGGAUGAGCAAGGGCUGAGUUUUCAACAUAAGAUUGGUAUCCUUUACUGCAAAGCAGGCCAAAGCACAGAAGAAGAAAUGUAUAACAAUGAGAUGGCAGGACCAGCUUUUGAAGAGUUCCUUGAUCUGCUGGGCCAGAGAGUACGGCUAAAAGGGUUUAGUAAAUACAGAGCUCAGCUAGAUAACAAAACUGAUUCAACAGGAACUCAUUCCCUCUAUACUACUUACAAAGAUUAUGAGUUAAUGUUUCAUGUAUCAACAAUGCUUCCAUACAUGCCCAGUAACAGGCAACAGCUGCUAAGAAAAAGGCAUAUAGGAAAUGAUAUAGUUACCAUUGUCUUCCAAGAGCCAGGAGCACUUCCUUUUACUCCAAAAAAUAUUCGUUCCCACUUUCAACAUGUAUUUGUCAUAGUCAAAGUGCAUAAUCCUUGCACUGAAAAUGUGUGCUAUAGUGUUGGUGUUUCAAGAUCAAAAGAUGUACCUCCAUUUGGUCCACCCAUUCCCAAAGGAGUAACUUUUCCCAAGUCAGCAGUCUUUAGGGACUUUCUUUUAGCCAAAGUUAUUAAUGCUGAAAAUGCAGCACAUAAGUCGGAAAAGUUUCGAGCCAUGGCCACAAGGACACGUCAAGAAUACUUGAAAGAUCUGGCAGAAAACUUUGUUACCACAGCUACAGUGGAUACUUCAGCAAAGUUUAGCUUUAUUACUUUAGGAGCAAAAAAAAAGGAGAAAGUGAAACCAAGGAAAGAUGCCCAUUUAUUCAGUGUUGGAGCAAUUAUGUGGAAUGUGAUUGCACGAGAUUUUGGCCAGUCUUCUGACAUUGAAUGUCUCCUUGGAAUCUCCAAUGAAUUUAUCAUGCUGAUUGAAAAGGAGUCAAAAAACGUUGUGUUUAACUGCUCCUGCAGGGAUGUUAUUGGAUGGACAUCUGGAUUAAUGAGCAUCAAAAUAUUUUACGAAAGAGGCGAAUGUAUUCUUCUGUCUGCAGCGGAUAACUGUGCUGAAGACAUCAGAGAAAUUGUUCAAAGACUUGAAAUAGUGACCAGAGGAUGCGAAACCACAGAAAUGACCCUUCGGAGGAAUGGGUUGGGCCAGCUUGGAUUUCACGUGAACUUUGAAGGAAUAGUGGCCGAUGUGGAGCCCUUCGGUUUUGCAUGGAAAGCAGGCCUGAGGCAGGGGAGCCGCCUGGUUGAAAUCUGUAAAGUGGCUGUGGCAACUUUGACUCAUGAACAAAUGAUUGACCUUUUACGGACAUCAGUAACUGUAAAAGUGGUGAUUAUUCAGCCACACGAGGAUGGAGCACCUAGAAGGGGUUGUUCAGAACUUUGUCGUAUACCCAUGGUGGAAUACAAACUUGACAGUGAAGGCACCCCAUGUGAGUAUAAAACCCCUUUCAGAAGAAAUACCACUUGGCAUCGGGUGCCGACUCCCGCUGGGCAGCCUCUCUCUCGUGCCUCUCCAAUCCUAGGAACAUCUGACAGACUGCAGUGCCAGCAGCUUCUCCAGCAGGCUCAGACAGCCAUUCCUCGCAGCACUUCUUUUGAUAGGAAACUGCCAGAUGGUGCAAGAAGUUCUCCAAGCAACCAGUCUUCCUCCAGUGACCCAGGUCCCAGUGGUAGCAGCCAAUGGAGACAGCAAGUGGGAUAUGAUGGGUGCCAAUCCCCUUUGCUUCAUGAACACCAAGGUUCAGGCUCACUGGAGAUUGAAGGUGGCAGAGAACGAGAUGAAACUUUGGAAGGAACUAGACAUUCUGAAACCAAGUGGCAUGCACCAUCGACCAAAAUCCUCAGCUCCUACAAAGACCGGGCUUUACAAAAAGAUGGCAGUGGCAAGGAGUCGCCAAACAAACUUUCUCAUAUUGGAGAUAAAAGCUGUUCAAGCCACUCAAGCAGCAAUACCCUAUCUAGCAAUACAUCCAGCAACAGUGAUGAAAAGCACUUUGGUUCUGGAGAUCUUAUGGAUCCUGAGCUGCUUGGAUUAACAUAUAUAAAAGGAGCUUCAACUGACAGUGGAAUUGAUACAGCUCCUUGUAUAUCUGCACCUCUUCUGGCCCCUCUGCAUCUUGCUGGCAGCAGGUCUGGAGUACAUUGUCGUACUGAGCAAUGGACUGAGUCUUCUGAAACUGCUGGGCUAGAUGAGGAUCCAGCUAAGAUAUAUGCUGUUCAUAGCUAUGCCUCUGCUAUUUCUGCCAGUCAUACGGCUGAAGGAAGUAUGGGAGACCUCAGUGAAAUCUCUUCUCAUUCCAGUGGGUCACAUCAUUCAGGAAGCCCAUCAACACAUUGCUCUAAAAAGAGUGGCUCUCUAGAUACCUCCAAAGUCUAUAUAGUGUCGCAGAAUAGUAGUCAACAGAUUUCUGGGUCAGUUUCAAAACCAUACCACAGACAAGGAGCAGUGAGUAAAUACGUGAUUGGAUGGAAGAAAUCAGAAGGAAGUCCUACACCUGAAGAAUCUGAAAUUUCUGAAUGCCACGAAGUAUAUGAUGAUAUAGAUGCUGUGUCUGCAUCAAGUCCACUUCAAACUGCUGUGAGGAAUGCCAUUGUUGAAAGCCAGCAAGUGUUGUCCAAAGAAGAUUUUCUGAAGUUGAUGCUUCCAGAAAACAUCUCUGCGGAGGAGGGGAGAAGAAAGUUUUCAUUUUAUGGAAACCUUUCUCCACGGAGGACACUUUAUCGUACCCUGUCAGAUGAAAGUAUAUGUAGCAAUCGAAGAGGAUCUUCAUAUGCCAGCUCUCGAAGUUCAAUGCUAGACCAGGCUCUCCCAAAUGAUAUCUUAUUCAGCACUACUCCACCAUAUCACAGCACGUUGCCUCCCAGAAUGAGCCUGACACCUGGAAUGGGAAAUCUGAGGAAUGAAUUCUGGUUCUCAGAUGGGUCCUUAUCUGAUAAAGCCAAAUUCAAUGAUCCUGGCCUGAUGCCCCUGCCAGACACUGCCACAGGGCUAGACUGGUCCCACCUGGUAGAUGCUGCACGAGCGUUUGAAGGUUUUGACUCAGAUGAAGAACUUGGGCCGUUCUGUCAUCAUACGCCGUUUCUAGAUCAGAGAGUAGCAUCUUUUUGCACCUUGGAUGAUAUGCAGCAUGCUCAGGGUUUGGAAGGAGCACAAGAAUUACCUUUGGAUGAGAGUCCCACAGAUGGAAAAGAUUUUCUUGAUGCUGCUGGGGAGCAUGCUCCAACUACUCUGACUGGAAAAGUUAACCAGCUGGAAGUGAUCCUUCGGCAACUACAGACUGACCUGAGAAAGGAAAAACAGGACAAAGCAGUUCUCCAAGCAGAGGUACAGCAUCUGAGGCAAGAUAACAUGAGGCUUCAAGAGGAGUCUCAAACAGCAGCUGCUCAACUGAGGAAAUUUACAGAAUGGUUCUUCAAUACGAUCGACAAAAAAUCCUAAUGGCUGAACCCUUGGAAAAUACUUACUUGUAACAGCUGUAAUGUAGCAGCUGUAUUUUUUUGAAUUAACGGGGUAAUAAUUUCACUGUGUUCACAAUCCAUUGUAGGUGUUUCUGCUACAUUCUCUAUCCAGUUUUAUUCAUUUGAAAAGGAGAGAGACCUGUGGUAACUUGUCUUUAAGCUCGUAUGAAGAAAGGAGAGAAUAGCAGAUAUUUGUUUGUGUGAAGAUGAAUGUAAAAAAAUUCCUAGUGUCAUUUUAGACAUUUUUAGAGGAUGUGCUGGCUAGGGCUUGCCUGAAAAGGAAUAUUUGGGGUUUUAGUUCCUGCGUUUCAGGUGCACUGGUGAAGAUGUUAAAGCAAUUUACAUUAGCUUGGGCUUCAGUAUUGUAAGAUAAAAAGAAUAACCAGACAUAUACUUUAAUGUUUAAAAGGUGCUCUAUUUUUUUGUAUGUACAGUAGUUUUAUUUCCCCAGUCCACAUCGUCAUAGCAAUAAGAAUGGAGGUAUAGUGAAUAGUCAAAAAGCUGUGUUUAUAAAAUGUUAGCACUGAUGUGUUUAACACUAGUUUGGAUGCAGAUACAUUAGAGAUUAUUUAUUUGCAGGAACAAAUGGUGCCUGAAUAUAAACAGUGUUUUGAUUUUCUAAAGAUACACAUGCCUUGUAAAUGGCUCACAGGGGUUAGCCCACUCCCAACUUCUAUUACUUUUGUAUAGUUGAUGUUCAGCUAAACAGUUAUACUGCUUAACUAUUGGAAACAUGUAUGGUGUGAGCCAGCCAAUCAAUUGUAUAAUGCCAAAUUUGUUUAUCUUUGUACAGAAGCUUUGAUCAAGUGUCUUGUAUUUAACACCUUUAUUUAAGCUUAUUUAACCUUAAAUUGUUGAUUUUAUAAAGUUUGUUUUAUCUGCACUAUGGUGAGGUCAGUUGGUUGCAAGUUGUAAUAUUUUUAGCUUGCCAAGACUGUACUGAGGAGUUCUAGAAAAUUCUAACAAUUGGAUGCUGCUAGUACACAAUUGAUUUGUUUGUAUGCUUUAACAUUUUUAACUGUUUAAUUUGAAAUGAACAUACAUCCUGCUUUUUUAAUAAAUGUUCAAAAUCUAAA